AUGGAGAGGAUUAGCUGCAACAACACCAUUAAUGCUGCAGGUAAGAUCAGCAUUAGCAGUAAUGCCGCUGCUAAUCAUCAUGAUCGUCAUCAUCAGCAGCAACAAAACGUGGUACUGUCUCCAAUCACGGUGCCUUGUGAUUCCAGCUACAACUCUCCUUCUCCUUCUCCCCCUUCCCACCACUCUUCCUCCUCCACUUCUCCCACCGCCACCGCCGCCGCCGCCGCCGGUGGUGGGUUUCCUUCUCACCGCCACCAUCAGCAACAACAAGUGAUUCUCAGCCCUUGUGCUGCCUGCAAGAUCCUCCGCCGCCGGUGCGUCGACAAGUGCGUUCUGGCUCCGUACUUCCCUCCCACCGAUCCCUUGAAGUUCACCAUCGCCCACCGCGUCUUUGGGGCUAGCAACAUUAUCAAGUUCUUGCAGGAGCUACCGGAAUCGCAGAGGGCCGACGCAGUGAGCAGCAUGGUGUACGAAGCCCACGCCCGGAUCCGGGACCCGGUGUACGGCUGCGCGGGAGCGAUCUGCCAGCUCCAGAAGCAGAUCGGCGAGCUGCAGGCCCAACUGGCCAGGGCCCAGGCAGAGGCUGCGAGCAUGCAGACCCAGCAGGCCCACUUGGUGGCGCUCAUCUACAUGGAGAUGGCCCAAACGGGGUCGCUGGCCCAUCAAGAACAGCCCAUGAUAUUCCCCGAGCAAACGACGCCGCACCACCACCACCUCCAGUCUUCCAACAAUAUUGACACGGCUUGUUUCCUCGACGAGUCCUGGGAGCCACUCUGGACAUGACGACGAUGAUGAUGAUUAGCUGCCUAAUUAGCCGGAAAUUUGCUGAUUGGUUUUCCACUAACUAUCGUUAUUAUGUUAAUCAGCAUGAUUUUCUAGGCUUUAAUGUGUUCUGAUAAUUUAAUGUGGUGGGCCUGGGGGCCCAUUAGGAGAAAAAAAGCAAGAGGGAAAAAGAAGAGACUGGAUCCAUACUUGA